AUGGAGCGGAGGCUCCGCUGGGACCUAGCCAGGGCCUGCUGCUCCCUGCUGGCCGCGCUCUGCGCCCUGCGCUGGGCCGCCGCCGAAGCCAGCAGCGGCCGGAGUUGGCUAAAAGCAUACGGCUAUUUGCUUCCCUCUGAAAGCCGAAUGUCUGCCCUGCACUCAGGAAAAGCUAUGCAGUCUGCAGUUGCCACUAUGCAACAAUUUUAUGGGAUCCCAGUAACAGGAAUGUUGGAUCAGACAACUAUUGAAUGGAUGAAGAAGCCUCGAUGUGGGGUUCCUGAUCAUCCCCAUAUAAGCCAUAGCCGAAGAAAUAAGCGAUAUGCGUUAACUGGACAAAAAUGGAGGCAGAAGCAUAUAACAUACAGUGUACACAACCACACCCCCAAGGUUGGAGAGCUUGAUACAAGGAGAGCCAUUCGUCAGGCAUUUGAUGUUUGGCAGAGAGUGACGCCACUAACCUUUGAAGAGGUCCCUUAUCAUGAAGUUAAAAGUGACAGGAAGGAAGCAGAUAUUAUGAUAUUUUUUGCUUCUGGUUUCCAUGGAGACAGUUCUCCAUUUGACGGAGAAGGUGGAUUCCUAGCCCAUGCUUACUUUCCUGGACCAGGAAUAGGAGGAGAUACUCACUUUGAUUCAGAUGAGCCAUGGACUUUGGGAAAUUCUAAUCAUGAUGGGAAUGAUCUCUUUCUGGUUGCCGUCCAUGAGCUGGGUCACGCCCUGGGCCUGGAACACUCCAAUGACCCCAGUGCUAUCAUGGCUCCUUUCUACCAGUACAUGGAAACACACAACUUUAAACUCCCACAGGAUGAUCUCCAAGGAAUUCAGAAAAUCUACGGUCCACCUGCUGAGCCACUGGAGCCCACCAGACCUUUACCAACUCUUCCUGUGCGCAGGAUUCAUUCCCCUUCGGAAAGGAAACAUGAAAGACAGCCAAGACCCCCCAGGCCACCUUUAGGUGAUAGGCCAUCAACUCCAGGCAUGAAACCCAACAUCUGUGAUGGCAACUUUAACACUGUGGCUCUGUUUAGAGGAGAAAUGUUUGUUUUCAAGGAUCGUUGGUUUUGGCGUCUGCGCAACAACCGAGUGCAGGAGGGGUAUCCCAUGCAGAUUGAACAGUUCUGGAAAGGCCUUCCUGCAAAGAUUGAUGCUGCCUAUGAGAGAUCUGAUGGGAAAUUCGUUUUCUUUAAAGGCGAUAAAUACUGGGUUUUCAAGGAAGUGACAGCAGAGCCAGGGUACCCACACGGCCUGGUGGAGCUGGGUAGCUGUCUCCCCCGGGAAGGCAUCGACACAGCUUUGCGAUGGGAGCCAGUAGGCAAAACCUAUUUCUUCAAAGGCGACAAGUACUGGCGCUAUAACGAGGACAAGAGAGCGACUGACCCAGGAUACCCAAAGCCCAUCACUGUGUGGAGGGGAAUCCCACAGGCCCCACAAGGAGCGUUCAUCAGCAAAGAAGGCUUUUAUACCUACUUCUAUAAAGGGAAGGAAUACUGGAAGUUCGAUAACCAGAGGCUGAGUGUGGAGCCAGGCUACCCCAGGUCAAUCCUCAAAGACUGGAUGGGCUGCAACCAAAAGGAAGUUGAACAAAGCAAAGAGAGACGUUUCCCCCACGAUGAUGUGGAUAUUAUGGUGACAAUCAAUGAUGUGCCUAGCACUGUAAAUGCAAUUGCAGUAGUUAUCCCUUGCAUCUUAUCUCUGUGUAUCCUUGUCUUGGUAUAUACCAUCUUCCAGUUUAAAAACAAAGAAGUGCAGCAAAACGUUACCUAUUACAAACGACCUGUCCAGGAAUGGGUAUGA